CAGGUAUUUUACCAAAAACAAAUUCGAAUCAAAGUUUUUUGUAAAACCUAAUACGAAUUAUUCGGUUUUCUCCAUAUACACCGACUUACAAAACUCUAAUUCAAACCAAAUAGCCCACAAGUGAGACGCCCGCCCUAAUUCCAUCCAUCUCUAUUAACUUUAAUUUUCGCUGUAGGGUAACAGAAGCCAGCCAUGUCAACUGAGAAGACAAAGACGAUCGUGUUGGUAUCCUCGGACGAUGAAGCGUUCGAGAUCGAGACGUCGGUGGUCGAAGAAUCGCAGACCAUCAAGAACUUGAUCGACGAUGGCUGCGCCGACAAACCCAUCCCUCUUCCCAACGUGACCAGCAAAAUCCUGGUCAAAGUGAUCGAAUACCUCAAGCACCAUAGCAGCAGCGAAGAAGAAGGAAAAGACGGGUCGGACAAGAAGAAGCCCUCCAAACCGAUAGAAGAAAAAAAAGCAGUGACGGGAAAGAAGAAGAAGGCAUCGAAGUCUAAGGGAGAGGAAGGGGAAGGCAAGCCAAAGCUGUGGGAGGAAUUCGAUUCUAAAUUUGCGAAGGUUGACAACAAUACGCUGUUUGAACUGGCCUGCGCUGCAAAUUAUCUCAACAUCAAUCCCAUGCUGGACGUUGUGAUGCAAACCUUUGCAGACAAGAUGAAGGGCAAGAGCCCACAGUAUGUUCGUGAUCUUUUCCACAUUAAGAAUGACUUUACCCCGGCGGAAGAAGAGGAGGUCCACCGGGAAAACCUGUGGGCUUUCGAAUAAUCAUCUAAUCAACCAAUCAGUCAAUAGUUGUUGCAGUAGUAAUAAGAUUCAGAACUCUCAGAAGUGUCAAUGUCAAUUAGUUCCCUUACACAAACAAGAGUUCAAUUGUUUUUUCUAUUACACCCCC